CACACACACACACACACAUCACACGCAUGCACGUAUCAGGUGUUGUGGGUUUCCAGAUGUUUUGACCUCUCGUCACUUUCACGCUUCUGCUCAAGGAUGUGUCUUUUAACUUCAGCAUUCAUAAGAUGACAUUUAAAUGUUGGUGUGGCGUUUGCCUUGAGAAAACACAAAUCUGUUUCUUAAAAGGAAUUUGUUUUUGUUUUUUUGUCAUUCUCUUGGGCUGUGUAAUGAAAUGGGACUGGCUGAGGCUUGAAUGAAAGUAGGAGUAGAAAUUCUCAGGUUCUUCUACAAGCACUCAUUCUGGAAUGUGCCUCUUUUUCCCUCUUUUAAUUCUUGGAUUUGUUCUUAUUUGGGAAAAUACAUUCUUCCUUUACCUGUUCAAGUAAACCGUAGGCUAUUUCUAAUAAUGUAAUUGUUGGUGUGUUAUGUGUGUGCAGCUUGGCUGUAGUAGCGAGGGAGGAGCUAUCUGUCUGGUUGUUUUCAGUUGCUUGCUGACCCCUUUCAUAUUCCCAGCCAAACAUUUUUUAGCGUUCAUUUUCUUAUUUGUCCACUUUGGGAUUCUAUCAUUCAGGUUAGUGUCUUUUUUUUUCCUUAGAUUUUUUUUUUUUUAACAUUACAAUUCUUUAAGUCUGGUCAUCAUUUGAGACGCAGGCCUGGGCAGGGUGAAAACUCAUUUGUUUGUGUCAAGAAGAUGAAGGUGGGCAAGCAACAGGAUGCUGAUGAGACUUCACCGGGGCGCUGCCUGUCACAGUUGGUGACCUCCAUGGAGCGCGAGCUGCAAGCUGGGCAGGAGAAGGGUGACCCAACAGAAAGUGGGCUACAGGUCACCCUGGAGGGCACCGAACUGUGGAAAAAGUUCCAACACAUCACCAACGAGAUGAUAGUCACCAAGAACGGACGAUGCAUGUUUCCUGUCCUGAAGGUCAACGUGUCAGGUCUGAACCCAAGUUUCAUGUAUUCCUUUCUGCUCAACUUCAUCCCGGCCGACGGCUGCCGCUGGAAGUUUGUCAAAGGCGAGUGGCUGGUGGCUGGCCAGGCAGAGGGACAGAGCGAGGGCAGUGGCAAUGGUGGAAUCUACAUCCACCCGGACUCCCCAAACUAUGGAGCUCAUUGGAUGAAAGCAGCGGUGACCUUUAACAAGGUCAAACUGACCAAUAAUCAAGUCAAUGGAGAAGGACAGAUCAUGCUCAAAUCGCUUCAUAAGUACGAGCCACAUCUGUACAUUGUGUGUUUGGGCUCUCAACAUCGUAUAGUUUCCAGCAUUUCCUUCAAAGAGACUCAGUUCAUGGCGGUCACCGCCUACCAGAACGAAGAGAUCACCGCACUGAAGAUCAGACAUAACCCGUUCGCCAAAGCCUUUCUAGAUACCAAAGACAGGAACCCAUGUGGGUGGGGCUUGCCAGAACCAAUAGAGACUCAUGUUGGGAUUCCACCAUGUUGGCCUUUGUGUUCGCCAGAUGAAAGCAGGGCGUUUUGUUAUAGCAGCAGCCUUUCGCUUCCAUCCCAUCAUCAACAUGGAUACAGGCGCCACGGUUAUGUCAGACGACAAUCUCCCUAUCCCUACCGGACGCACCACUCGCAUCACUCAGGUGUUCAGGUGUUAUCAGAAGGGUGGAGCUCCACCUCUUCCCUUUCCAACGGCAGUCCUCCAACAGCGGCUUCUCCCAACACCAGUCAGUAUCCUUCUCUGUGGACGAUUGGUUGCAGUGAGAUAAGCCCCUCCCAUUCGCUGUGUGCCCAUCGCCAAGGACCAAUCAUCAGCGACAACCUCAUGCAACCUCAGAGUACUAUUCGAGCAGGUGGUGCAGGGUGGGCUCCUGGACCCACUCAGUCUUUCUAAAAAGCAACAUGAUUGGUUAAACAAGAUUCACCGUUUAUCGCUGAGUAUUUAUUUGAGGGGGUUAAAAAUAUUUGUCAUUAACCAAUCAUGAUACACAAAUUACGUUCGUUUGGUGUUUCCAACACUAAAUAUAUUUUAAAAAUAUUUUAGAGAGGAUGUACUUAUUGUUUGCAACCAAACAAUUGUCGCGUGCCUGUCCACUCAAGUGUGAUCUUAAAGGGAAAAUCCAGUGCUUUGCACGAACAGUGUAUCCAACAGGUCAUGUAAUAUGUACCGUAUUUUGCCUCCGCGUCAUUCCCGUCCGAAGAACCAUGUGCGGCUGCCGACCCGCUGCUCCCGGGGGCAUUUGUUUAUGCACUUAUGUCACGCGUAGGCCUCAGAGUAGUCAGACUCCGCUCAUUCUGCCUGAAGAACCAUCCGAAUAUGCAUUAAUUACAGCCACAGGUUCAAAUCUGGAUGGAAGUAUUUCUCCAUCUUCCCGAUCAACCGAUAUUGCUAUUUCUUCAUCAGAUGAGGAUAAAUACAAGAAAUCGGUGCUGGGCAUAAUGGUGUCCCAUGUAAACGACCCUUUGUUGCGGCACAGUACACGUCACAUCCGCGCACGUAGGUCAUGUGGCUCGCGAAAAUGGCAGCGCCCCUGAAAAUUUGUAAUUGUUGAUGACAAAAAAUCUUCUCAAAACACUAUUAAAUGAGAGAGAAUUUAACAUCACAUUGUCAAAAUAGGGUACAUACAGUAUUACAUGACCUAUUGGGUGCACUGUUCAUCCAAAGCACUGGAUUUCCCCUUUAAACAACUUGCCUUUAGACAGUCUGAUUAAAUAACAUAAUAUGCACCUUCACAGUCAAUAGACGGACUAAGGUUCAAUAUUAAUGAAAAAAAAAAAGGAGUACUAUGGUGAGACUGCUGAAGUACCAAGUAUCAUUUCAAAGCCAAAAGGUAAGUAGAGCUUCAGUGUUCAGAGAUCAGCAUUCCCUAAGUGUGUUACCAGCAUUAGUGUCUGAUAAUCAUGCCAUAGUCAUGUUGGGCUAUUUUGUCGAUGUCUGUCUGCUUGUGUCAUGUGCCACUCUGCUACAUUAAUUGACCAGAGUAAUUCAGUGGGUUGUGAUGAAAUGUUGCCUUCACGGGUGAUAAUACAACAGAAUCUCCAUGAGCUUUUAAGUGUGUAUUGUUGUUAGACGUGCUAUUCCACAAAAAUGCGUUCAUUGUCGCUUGUUUUGCCCCUUUGGUGCUCUGCUUCCGCUAGUAACCAAUAGAAGCAAGCGGCUAGUCUCCGCUGAGAAAAACGCUAGAGGAGACAUGCAAACAAGACCCAGCGUUUUUCAUUCAAACACCCACCGGUAAUUCCUUUUUAUUCUCGUCCAAAAACUAGAAGAGUCUUCUUUGCAACAGGUUGCUUUAUGACCCUGCAAGUCUGCGGGUGCACAGUGUGCAUGUGAAAAUGAAUGACAACGGCUUCUGGUCUCUACAGCCUCUGAUUGGGUGUUGUCCUGCUGUGGCAAGUUUGAAAAUAAUAAUCAUAAUUAAAUGAGAGGCAUGAAGUGGGGCGAGAAGGAUGACUUUUCAAACCAUCCUUUCAAUUUUGUACUAUCACGUCACACAAACGGGUUUCAUCAUCUAUGGGGAAAAAGGUUUGUUUUUUUUUUAACUGCAAACACCACCUUUAAAUGAGUGCUUAAUCCUAAGAAUGGAUGAUUACAAUAAACCUGUAUGCAUUUCAUACUCAACCUUUACCAAAUUGUUUUCAUCUCAUCUACAAAUAUGUUGGCCCAUCUGUUCUAUUUAGAAAUUAAAUGUGACCUUUGAGCACAAAUGUUUGCCUGCCCUUGGUCUGAAUAUAUCAAGUGUUCUUUUUGAUUAUGUUUGUCUUGGUGAAACAAGUUAAGCCGCUUCACAUCACUGA